AUGGACGUCGCUCGCGUUGCGCCGUGGAAGAGGCGGAAGAAGACGAGGGCAGCCGCCCCCGCCACCGCCACCGCCGCCACCGACACGCUCCCGGGAGACGUGGUGAUCGAGAUCCUCGUGCGCGUGGCCGAUGCCGCCACCCUCUUCCGUUGCGCCGUGGCGUGCAAGCCAUGGCUGGUCCUCGUGGCUGACCGCGCCUUCCUCCACCGCCGCUGGCCGGACGGGCCGGGCCAGCCCUCUCUCGUCGGCUUCUUCGCUCAGCAGCGGCGCCACACGUCGCAGGUCGUCUCCGCGGAUCCUCUUGCCGGCCCCCGCUCGCCGGCGUUCGUACCUGCGCCGCGAUCGCCGCUCGGCUCCUUCGUCUCCAGCGCCAUGGCCUCCCAGGACAUGGACGGCGCUGGCAUGCUUGACGACGCGGUGCCGCUCACGUUGCGCGAGGGCCUCCUCCUCGUGCGCCUCGCCCCGUGCGGCGGCGCCCCGGCCGUCGGCACAGGCCAGACCGUCGUCCAACUGGCGGUCUGCGACCUGUUUACCGGCACGUGCGACGCGCUACCCCCGCUGGAAUGCAACACCUCCUCCAGCAUCAACAACUGCGCCAUUCUAACCGACGCGGACCGGAGCUCGCACAAACGACGCCGGUCGCCAUCGCCAUUGCCGGGCCGCUCAUCCCUGUUGAAGGUGCUGGCCAUCGUCUUCGACCCCGAUACGUCCUACUACUACCUCUGCACUUUCUCGUCCACCAAGUCGACCUGGAGCGAGCCGACGCCGUGCUUCAGCAAGACGGCGCUCAGGAUCACAGAUGGCAGCGCCGCCGUGUGCCGCGGCACGGCACACUGGUUCGCUUGCGACGGUUGGGAGUCCUGCCGCACGCUCGGUGUCAGCACCAGCACUGGCCGUCCGUCAUCGACAGAGGUUUAUAUUCCACAGGGCCGCUACGACUUCGGCCUUUACAUCACACCCUGGCUCGGCGCCGCCAUGGACGACACACUCUCCUUGUUUCACCUGCACGGUGGAUGCCGCUCGCUGCAUGUCUGGACACGCCAUGGACGGCACAAUGUGAACUGGUCCCACAGUAAGGAGAUCGAGCUAAGACCGCCGGAGCAGAAGGCGAUUUGCGAGGACGUGCAAUGCCUGUGCGCUGACCAGGGGAGCGGCAUGCUGCUCGUCAUGGAUCGCCUCGAGCGCGUGUACAUUGUCGAUCUCCAAACUGGAGGGGUGGACGAGGUAACGGAGCAAUUUCAGAGACUCGAACUGCAGACUGUCGUGCCCUUUGAGAUGGAUUGGCAGACUUUCUUCUUCUCUCGUCUGGAGGGCCACAAAGAAGAAGAAAAUAAGAAGAAGAAGGGGGGAAGCAACGCCGAAGACAGAGAUGAUGUGCCGGCGCUCUCGACGACGCCUUCUCUAGGUCUGCCUAGGCCCUGCCAUGCACUUGCCGACAUCCUCUUGGCGCAAUGGGUGGUGGUACGUUGGUAUGUAUUGUUCUCGGGUCUUGAUCAUGUUGUAGAGGUCUUCGAUGUUGGUUGUGACGCAGCUUGAUUGCUCUGCGGUUUACCUCAUUGCCAUUGGCAUGAGACUGGUCUAGGUGAUGCAUGUCUCGUAGUACGUGUGGGGUGUGUGGCUACUAAUCCUAGUAAUUAGAGUUGUAAUGGCCGAAAAUAUUGUGCCCGGC